AUGAUUAAAAGUCAUUUACUUGAAGAUGAUACCUUCUUGCCUCCCCCGUUAUCAUCAUAUGGGAUAUCUAUCCUCAAUAGAAAAUCUCCUGAAAAAAAUUUGAGUGGGAUAAAUCUCGAGCAAAGUGAAAAAAUGAACGUCGAUAAUCAAAGUCCCAGUAAACUUAAAGAAUCACUUUCAGUACAUUUCCAACAAGUUGACAGUAUAAAUAACGAACACAAACCAUUGAAUACUUAUUCAAAUUCUAGUACCCACACUAAUGGUCUAAAUCAAACUACAGUCUCCAAUCUGAUGUUAACACAAACAAAUGCCAAUAAUAGUCAAGAAAACCUUUCAUUUCAUUCCAAUUCACAAUCUAACUUGUCAUUAACAAGUCAAGGGUCAGAAGAAUCCAGAUUUACAGUAAAAAGGCUUCGAGGGAGAAGAUUCGGUAAGAAAUUAGGACCACCACAAAGAAAAUCCAUUCAUGAUAUUUUAAAAGAUAAAUUUGAAAAAGAAAACGAACCGGAAAAAAUAAACACUGAUGAUCAAGAGAAUCUUUUUAUGAAUUUAAACUUGAGUAAAGAGAAGGAAUCGGAACUAAAAAGAAGAAUAGAAGAAGAAAAAUUGAAAUUCAAAAGACCAGUUGAAGAACCGGUACAAAGAGAAGCAUUAAAAGAUAUUUCAAAAGAUAACAGCAAUAUCGACAAUCGAGGUGAAUACAGCAAAUCUCCCAUCAAACAAGAUAAAGGACAAGAUAGAAGAGCAUUUGAUUUGAUACCACAAAGGCAGGCUCCUGAAUUAAAUAUUCAAUCAGAUGAUCGUCAACGUAAAAGUCCAGGAUUUAAUUUCCCCAAACCUAUUAAGAAAGAUGAUUUCCACAUUCCUUUAACUCCAGUGAAUGAUUUUCGAAGACCUAAAAUUCCCAAAAUUUCACCUGGAGUUUCAUUAUCACCUGAAAAACCUCAACAGGUUAAGAGACAAAUAGAAGACUCUAAUGAUCGAGAGAAGCAACAAACUUGGGACAAACAACGAGAAAUUGAAAAAAUUAAGAAAGAAUUAGCAUUAGAUACAUCAUCAGAUGAUCUCAAAUUACCUCCAGCAGUCAUUCAAUCCAUUAAGAAAAGACAUCAUCCACAUUCUGAUAAUAAGAUCAUUAUUCUUAAUGAUAAAGAGUAUGAAAGAAUGGAACUUUUGGGUCGUGGAGGUACUUCAAAAGUCUAUAAGGUUAAAUCCUUAUCUAACAAUAGAACUUAUGCAUUGAAAAAAGUAACAUUUGAUCAAUUUGAUGAAUCAAAUAUUCGAGGAUUUCGUGGGGAAAUCGAACUUCUUAACAAAUUAAAGUCUUUGAAUAGAGUUGUGGAAUUGAUAGAUUAUGUGAUUAAUGACUCAUCGAUAUACUUACUUAUGGAGUGUGGAGAGAUAGAUUUAGCACAUGUAUUACAUCAAAGAUUAAAUACAACUGAUUUUACAAGUAUAAGAUUUCAUACCCUGGAACUUUUAAAGUGUGUACAAUCUGUUCAUUCAGCUGGUAUUGUACAUAGUGAUUUGAAACCUGCCAAUUUCAUUUUUGUUAAGGGAAUGUUGAAAAUCAUCGAUUUCGGAAUUGCUGAUUCUGUACCUGAUCAUACAUCUAAUAUUUAUAGAGAUUCCCAAAUUGGUACACCUAAUUAUAUGUCACCUGAAGCAUUAAUUGAUAAUAAUUCUAAGAUGACAGGAUCUAAUGAGAAGACAUGGAAAGUGGGUAAACCGUCUGAUAUUUGGUCAUGUGGAUGUAUAAUUUAUCAAAUGAUUUAUGGGAAACCUCCAUAUAAUAGUUUUACUGGAAAUCAAAGAUUUAUGGCUAUCAUCAAUCCUCAAGUUAAAAUUCAAUAUCCUACCACUGUAAAUGGGGUCAAAGUACCUAAAUCUGCCAUAGAAUUAAUGAUGAACUGUUUCCGUAGAGAUCCUAAUGAUAGAUGGACAGUCGAUCAAUGUCUCAAAAGUGAAUUUUUACAACCUAAGAUUGUGAAUGAUAACAUAAUAAGAGAUCUUGUGCAUCUGUGUGUUAAUUAUGGAUAUAAUCGUAGAAGUAGUAUAAUGGGAAUUGAUGAUUAUGAUCAAAUGAUUGAAAAUAUCCUUAAACAAAUUGACGAACUUAAUUUAUAG